ACUCCACGAACUCCUCAAACCCAAAAGACCAACACAAACCAAAAGAAAAAAACCAAACUGAAGUCAAAGCUCGGUGCGCAAAAACAUCUCAAAAACUUUCUUCACUUUCUAGUUCUAAUACGAAAUGGGCGUGAAGGGGUUUGUGGAAGGAGGCGUGGCUUCCAUAAUCGCCGGCUGCUCAACCCACCCUCUCGAUCUCAUCAAAGUCAGGAUGCAGCUCCAGGGAGAGAAGCCUUCUCUCCCCAAUCCCGCUCUCCGUCCCGCUUUAGUAUUCUCUUCUUCCUCUUCCUCCGCCGGCAUACACGUCGCUCCCUCUCUGCCGCCACCGCCGAGAGUGGGGCCCAUCUCGGUCGGUAUUCGGAUAAUGCAGACCGAAGGAGUCGCCGCUCUCUUCUCCGGCGUCUCCGCCACCGUACUCCGCCAGACCCUCUACUCCACCACACGGAUGGGCCUCUACGACGUCCUCAAGACCAAAUGGUCCGACCCGGAAACCGGCUCCAUGCCGCUGGCGAGAAAGAUAACGGCGGGUCUCUUCGCCGGCGGGAUCGGCGCAGCCGUCGGGAACCCCGCCGACGUGGCGAUGGUGCGGAUGCAGGCCGACGGGAGGCUCCCGGCGGCGCAGCGGCGGAACUACCGGGGAGUCGGCGACGCCAUCACGAGUAUGGCGAGGCAGGAGGGCGUGGGUAGCCUGUGGCGCGGGUCGGCGCUUACGGUGAACCGGGCGAUGAUCGUGACGGCGUCCCAGCUGGCGUCGUACGAUCAGUUCAAGGAGAUGAUAUUGGAGAAGGGGGUGAUGAGCGAUGGGAUUGGGACCCACGUGGCGGCGAGCUUUACGGCGGGGUUUGUUGCGGCGGUGGCGUCGAAUCCGGUGGACGUGAUUAAGACGAGGGUGAUGAAUAUGAGGGUGGAGCCCGGGGUGGUGGCGCCGUACAGUGGGGCCCUUGACUGUGCGCUGAAGACGGUGAGGGCGGAGGGGCCCAUGGCCCUCUAUAAGGGCUUUGUCCCUACAAUCUCUAGGCAGGGUCCUUUCACUGUGGUGCUGUUUGUGACGCUUGAGCAAGUUAGGAAGCUGCUUAAGGAGUUCUGAUGAUGAUUAUACUGAAAUACUGAUUGAUGAUGAUGACGAAGAAGAUGAAGAUUAAGAUUUUAUACAAGGAUUUAAGUUGUUUAAAAGAUUUUGAUUAGUGCCUUGAAAUAGUUUUUUAUGUUCCUUUUCUAUUAUUAUUAUUAUUUUGGUUAGAGAAAUUGGGUGGUGGUUGUUAUUCUUUGUAAGAAAUAACCGUAAUAUAUUCUUCAAAGCUUCGAGAAGAGCAACAAAGAUGAAAGAGUAGACCAACUAUAAAGUUUUAAGCUUUAUUAUGUAA